AUCAAAAUGCUGCUGGAGCAAUUGCAAACUACAAGGGACAGUUCAGGCUCUGAGCGAGACAAAAUUGUGGUAGUGUCUCAAUGGACUUCUAUGCUAGAAAUUGUUAAGACCCAUCUUCAGGAAGCUGGGUUUCGGGUGCAGGGAAUCACAGGAAUGGUCAACAUAAAGGAACGUGGAAAGAUUGUCGAAGACUUCAAUACCAACCCCCGGGGUGCUGAAGUGAGUGAUGGGACC